UAUUAUUCUCUCUUCCUUUUCCACACCGACGCCAGUUUUUUCAAUAAGCUUUGGAAUCUGCUAGUGUAUGGUGGCGUCUUUGAGCAUGGAAGUGGACGAUGAUUUGGAAACUUUUCAGCAACAGGCUUUGGAGAUACGCCAGCCAGGGGAUAACUUCGACCCCUCUGCACCACCACAAAAUGGUGAGGAAUUUCUCAUGCACAUGCUGUAUGAACGCAAACGUUGUCCUGCAGUGGUAGUUAAACCGCCCAAAAAGCCAGUGAAGCCGGUGAUGAAUGGAGUCAAGAAUCAAUUGGAGGAAUUUGAGCUAAGUCCUGAUAUAACGGUGGAUCGAGAUUUAUUGCCCACCAAGGAAUGGAAGGAUAUUCAGUCACAAGAAUUCCUGCGCACACGUUCAAAAAUUCUUAUGUUACGCCAACAUUUGUCAGCGCACAACUAUGACAAUAACCUGGAACCACCUUUGAUAAGUGACGAAGAAGCCUGGCUAAAAUUCUGUCGUGACACCCCACCCAAACUUAGUGUGAUUUUACGUUUGAAUCAACGUACCUUGGAACAAUUAUUGAAUAUGAUUUCAGAAUGGCUCAAGGGCGAGCACAUGGAAGAGGUAGCCUGUUCAUCCAGUUCGGCGGCUGCCAAUCACUCUGUUUUAGAUUUAAGCAACAGUGAACAAUGGUUGGGUUCUUGGCUUUAUGCCGUCCUAAGCUGUUUGCACCUGCCACUGGAACCGAAUGUACAUUUUACGUUAAGAGACAUUGCCCGUACCGCCAUGCGUUUGCGGAGUCGCCUUAAAUCUCACGAAUUUCAAAAAGCCAUACCUUAUAACUUGUUCAUAUAUCUCAUUGCUAAAAUCUUCGAUCAGUUAGAUUUAAUGGAAUUUGUAUAAAUUGUCACAUAGAAUUUAAGCAAAUUGUUUUAAUAAAUACAAAUAACAAAAUAGAAAAA